AUGCGUUGAAAGCUCGAUCGUUUAUAUAUACACGCCCCGCUGUACAGAACACUCCCUCAACCAGUUUAAUCGUGGCAACUCAUAUUCUUCUCUUUGCACGACACGUCGUCUUUUCUCGUGCACUGACCACUUGAUCUGCAUCUGCGACAAUCUCCCACUAUGGUGUCCCAUAAGGAGUUUGAGACUGCUGGGAAAGCACCUGGACUGCAGGUAUGGCGUAUUGAGAACAUGGACCUCAAGCCAGUCCCUAAAAAUCUCCAUGGCAACUUCUAUACGGGUGACGCGUACCUUCUGAUGUACACCACCACUGCACCCUCUUACUAUAUACACAUGUGGCUGGGGAAUGAGUGUUCUCAGGAUGAAAGUGGCGCAGCGGCUAUCUUUGCCACACAGCUGGAUGACUUCAUGGGGGGUAGUCCAGUUCAGUUCCGGGAGGUCCAGAAUAACGAGUCACUUACUUUCCUGGGCUACUUUAAGUCUGGCAUCAAGUAUAAGCUAGGUGGGGUUGCGUCUGGCUUUCAUCACGUGUUGACCAAUGACGUCGAUGUGAAGCGUCUGCUGCACAUCAAGGGCAGGAGGGCCAUCAGAGCCACUGAGGUGGAGAUGUCCUGGGCCAGUUUCAACAAAGGAGACUGCUUUAUAGUAGAUUUGGGGAAGGACAUUUAUCAGUGGUGUGGCAGUGACUGCAAUCGUUUUGAGCGUCUGAAGGCCUCUCAGUUGGCCAUCGAUAUUCGAGACAAUGAGAGGAACGGCAGGUCCAAAUUGCACAUGGUGGAGGAUGGGGCAGAACCGCAGGCUCUGAUUGAUGCUCUUGGGCCCAAAUCCAACAUUGCCCCCGCAACUCCAGACGAUGAGGAAGUGGAAACUUCCAAUAGAAAGAAGGGUGCACUGUACAUGAUCUCAGAUGUCUCUGGUUCCAUGAAAACAUCUGUCGUGGCCCAGACCAGCCCGUUCAAGCAAGAGAUGCUCUCCCUUGAUGAGUGCUACAUCUUGGACAAUGGCGUUGAUAAGAAUGUGUUUGUAUGGAAAGGACCGAAUGCGAACACAGCUGAACGCAAAGCAGCUAUGAAGACAGCAGAGGAGUUCAUCAAAGAGAAGAACUACUCCAGCAAAACACAGAUCCAGGUGCUGCCUGCAGGGGGCGAGACUACUCUGUUCAAGCAGUUUUUCUCCAACUGGAAGGACAAGGACCAAACCACUGGCCCUACCAAGGCUUACACCAUAGGCAGAAUAGCCCAUGUAGAGCAGAUUCCUUUCGAUGCCUCCAGCCUGCAUAGUAACAAAGCCAUGGCAGCUCAGCACAACAUGGUCGAUGAUGGUUCUGGAAAAGUCCAGAUCUGGCGUGUGGAGGGAGGGGACCGUGUUCCAGUGGAUCCCUCAACCUAUGGUCAGUUCUUUGGAGGAGACUGUUACCUGAUCCUCUACAGUUACAGACAGGGAAGCAGGGAACAGCAUAUCAUCUACACCUGGCAGGGACUGAAGAGUACUCAGGAUGAGCUGGCAGCUUCUGCCUUCCUUACUGUCCAACUUGAUGACUCCAUGGGAGGAGCUCCAGUUCAGGUGCGAGUGUCACAGGGUCAGGAGCCCCCCCACCUGAUGAGUCUGUUCAAGGGCAAACCCAUGAUUAUCCAUAGUGGAGGAACAUCCCGCAAGGAUGGCCACACCACACCGGGGAGUACGCGCCUCUUCCACAUCCGUCAAAGCUCGUCUCGAGCUACUCGUGCUGUAGAGGUUGACCCCUCUGCCUCCAACUUAAACACCAAUGAUGUCUUUGUGCUGAAGUCGCCAAACUCUUUGUUUGUGUGGAAAGGUGUAGGUGCCAGCGAUGAAGAAAUGGUUGCUGCCAAGUAUGUGGUGAGUGUCCUGGGAGGAAGUUCUACUGAUGUGGCCGAGGGUAAAGAACCAGCGGGAUUUUGGUCAGCUCUGGGAGGGAAGAAGGAAUACCAGACAUCUCCAAAUCUGCAGAAUAUGGUCAAACCAUCACGCCUGUUUGGUUGCUCCAACAAGACAGGCCGGCUAAUGGUUGAGGAAGUCCCUGGAGACUUCACUCAGUCAGACUUGGCUACUGAUGAUGUCAUGUUGCUUGACACCUGGGAUCAGAUUUUCCUUUGGAUUGGUAAAGAAGCAAAUGAGGUAGAGAGGACAGAGUCACCAAAAAUAGCUAAGGACUAUGUGGACUCUGAUCCUUCUGGACGUCGUGGGUUGCCUAUCACAACCAUAAAACAGGGGGCUGAGCCCCCGACCUUCACAGGCUGGUUCCAGGCUUGGGACCCACAUAUGUGGGAUACUGACCCUCUGGAGAGAAUCCGAGCUUGCUUUUAAAUUCAAAACUGCUCCCUCUUCUUUCUUUCUUUCUUUCUUUCUUUUUUCUUUUUUUUAAAAAUAAGUGUCUCACAUUCCCGCAGCAUGAAUUGCAACUUUCCUGAUUUUUCUACAAUACAAACACUUUGUUGAAAUCCCAUCUCACUUAAAACACUGAUAGAUUUCACAGUCACAGGUCCAGAUUUAUAUAUAACCUGUUCCAGUAAAAUAGAUUUUUGGCAAGUUGUUUAGCUGUGUUCAGUCAGGACCAGAACCAGCUUCCAUAGUGGAAGGAAACCCCCCGAACUUUUUCACACUUACAAUAACAUUUACAGAAGAAGCUAUUAUUUUAUAAAAUGAUACCAUAUUUAGUUGAAAGUCUAUUGACUAUUUAUUUAAGUUUUGGCUUACUGCCAUUUAAACUUCAUAAUGUCUAUGAGGGAACCACUUUUAGUGACAUAUGGCUUUUUAUACAAGACAUUGAUACAUUUUCAAAUGUAUGUUUAUUUUAUGUUGAGCUUAAAUAAAUCUGAAUUUUGAGAAGAUGAAUCUAAAUCUCUGACUGUUUUUUAGCAUCCUCCAUUUUAACCCAUUGUGAUCAUUUUGGGAUCUCUUAUGUAUUUUUAUACAAUAAUCUCCAAAAGUUGUAUUCAGAGGAAAGUACUUAACAAUUACUUAUUAUUUGUUUCUGUAUUCAUUGUAAUAAAGUAAAAUCUCAUAAAGGUGGACACCUGGUCCACAUUGUGGGUUAUUCUGACCAAAAACUAUCCACUUUGACAGCAAGGGUCUGUCUGAAUGACAUAUAAAACAAUUACCCACAUAUUAAUGUUUGUGAUUUUUAGGGGCAGGUAUACCUUAAAGGAAAAUUCUGGGUUCAAUACAAAUUAAGCUCAAUUGACAGCAUUUGUGGCAUAAUGUUGAUUAUCACAAAAAAUUAUUUUGACUUGUCCGUCCUUUUCUUUAAAAACAUAAAUACAAAUUAUUGUUACAUUGAGGUUCUUACAAUGGAAGUGAAUGAGGCCCAAUUUUUGGAGGGUUUAAAGGAGGAAAUGUGAAGCUUAUAACUUUAUAAAAGCACUUGCAUUAAUUCUUUCUUGUUAACUUGUGUAUUAUUUGAGCUGUAAAGUUGUUUAAAUCGUAAAUAUUACAGUCGUUUUAGGGUUUACAUCGUCAUGGCAACAAAAUUGUAAAAUUGGCUAUAACUUUACAUAGAAAAAGGUUAGUAAGUGAUUUUAUCACACUAAAAUCAUGUUUACAUGCAUAUAUAUAUAUAUAUAUAUAUUUUUUUUUUUUUUUUUUAACAUCUUUUAACUAUACUUUUGAAACAGCAAGUAUUUUAACAUUUACAGAUUGGCCCCAUUCACUUCCAUUGUAAGUGUCUCACUGUAACCCAGAUUUUUUGUUUUUUUAAAGAAAAGGAGGGACAAGUCAAAUUCAUUUUUUUUUUUUUUUUUUUUUUUGGUAAUUAAUAUUAUGCCACAAAUGCUGUCGAUUGAGAUUCACUUGUAUUGAACCCGGAAUAUUCCUUUAAAUCAAUGAUACCAGAAAUGUUUGCAGUCUUCUUGCUUUUCUGCAGUCAAGUUAUGUGCUUGAUGACUUAUACAAUAUUUAUUCCAUCCUUUUUCAUCCUCUUGAGAUCUACAGCUCUGUCUACUUCUCUAGAUGUGAAAAUGUGUUCAUGUAGCAGCCUGUCCCUAUCAGGGGAAAUGACAUGGUUUAACUCAACAGCUUCUGAUUUUUCCCACUGAGACUAAAAAGAGCUGGCAAUGGAAAGGGCUAGAAAAUAAAAGCAGUGCUUCAUAUCCAGUACUGCAAGUUAUCUCUUGUUUGCAGGAUACUGUUAUAUAGAGAAAAUUAUGAGAAAAAAGGAGUAUAGAUUGUGCUUUAUAAAUCCAAACUCAUGAACUACUGAAGAAUGCAUUUAAACUGUGAUGUAACACAUUUACAUUCUAAAUUUGACUAUUGUUUGAAAUAUUAAAUUUUUGCUUGUA